GGUGCAAAUCUGGACUAACUCCAGUGCAGUCAGGGGUGGCUCCGGAUUGACUCCAGGGGGCUGAGAUCAGAACCGAACCCUGCCCCCCGUGCAGUCAGGUGUGACUCCGGAUCGACCCUGGGAUAGCAGAGAUCAGAACCCGGUGCUGUCCCCACUGCAGUCAGGGGUGACUCCGGAUCGAUCCCAGGGAAGCUGCACUUGGGUCUGGGCGUGCACCCCCUCUCGCGCCGUGCUGGGGGCUCAUCCCCAGUGUCCCGGCGUGUCAUUUCCCCUCCCUAAAUCCCUCCCAGUUCCUUACCAUCCUUUGAGCUGCCAAAAGCCCCUGACACCUGCCAGCUUGGCUGUAGGACGCCUGGGUCCCGUUGCCAGAGGCGGAGGGGUGGGGGGAGCUUUGCCACGACUCCUUAAGCCCAUUAACCUGCCUGUCUAAUUCCCCCGUCUCCGGGGAGACGGGCACCCUCCGCCCAUCACCAGGGGAUUUGGGAAAUCAAGGCAGACGGGACAGUAGUGGGGGGGGGAGUGGCGAGAAAAAGAAAAGUCCCAGCUGCUCGCCGAGCCAAGCGGCCGCGGGCACAGAUCGUCCAGGCACCUCCGUGGGAGGAAGGCUGGGGCGGUGGCGAGGGGUCCGGCGGGUGCCGGGAUGCGGCUGGCCUGGGCUCUCCUCUGGGCCCUCUGCUGGGUGCCCGGCGGCAGGGGGGAGUAUGCCCUGCCCAAGUUCGUCUGCAGCCCCAUGCCCCUGGAGCUGGAGACGGGCUGCCAGCAGGCCCCACAGCCGCGGGCCGGGGGGCACUGGGCGGGCACGCUGGAGGAGGCCAAAGAGACCAUCCUGCACCUGCGGGAGACGGUGGUGCACCAGAAGGAGACCAUCCUGGACCAGCGGGAGACGGUGCGGGAGCUGACGGCCAAGCUGAGCCGGUGCGAGGGCCGGGCGGGCGGGGAGCCCGGGCUGGGCGGGCACGAGGACAACCUGAGCCACGGGCACCGGGAGGGGGCCGGCCGGGAGAACGAGUACCCCCACUUCGGGCACCGCGAGCACCCCGAGUCCCUGGGUGGAGCCGGGAGCGAGGCCGCCUUCCGCAAGGCCAGCGCCACCCCCAACACCAUGGAGGACCCCCCCCGGGAGGUGCCCGCCGGCGCCCCCCAGCUGGAGCGCAUGCUGGAGUCGCUCAAGGAGAGGCUGGAGCACCUCCAGCGCAGCCGCAACAGUUCCCUGUUCUCCAUCUCCCUGCGUGACGCCCUGCAGAAGAAAAUCAGCAUUUUGGAGCAUCAGAUCCAAGAGAAACUCAACGCCACCAAGCGCCAUGACCACAGCCACGAGGAGCCGCACCACGGCCAGGAGGAGCUGCACUGGCACAAGAACAGGGUCCACGGGCCUCAUGAGAAGGGGCACAAGGCGGAGAAGCCAGACGAGGUUUUCCGUGUGGGCUUCCCCCUCCGCACCAACUACAUGUACGUCAAAGUGAAGCGGACGCUGCAUCACGAGAUCUUCGCCUUCACUGUCUGCCUCUGGCUCAAGUCCAGCUCGGCGCCUGGUGUUGGCACCCCCUUCUCCUACUCCGUGCCUGGCCAGGCCAACGAGCUGGUGCUCAUUGAGUGGGGCAACAACCCCAUGGAGCUGCUCAUCAAUGACAAGGCUGCCACCUUGCCCCUGGCCAUCCACGACGCCAAGUGGCACCACAUCUGCGUGACCUGGUCGACGCGGGACGGCGUCUGGGAGAGCUACCAGGACGGGGUGCGGCGGGGCAGCGGCGAGAACCUGGCCCCCUGGCACCCCAUCAAGCCAGGGGGCAUCUUCAUCCUGGGGCAGGAGCAGGACACGCUGGGCGGCCGGUUCGAUGCCACGCAGGCCUUCAUCGGAGAGCUGGCCGACUUCCACGUGUGGAGCCACGUCCUGGCGCCAGGCGAGGUCUACAGGCUGGCCACCUGCGCCGGCCACGCCCACGGGGACCUCGUGGCCUGGGCUGAGGGCACCAUGGAGCUGCACGGGGGGGUGGCCAAGCUGCCCUUCAAUGCCUGCCACUGAGCCCCGCCCCACAGGGGGCUGGAGGCCCGGAUGCCUGGGUUCUCUUCAGCUCAGGGAGUGGAGUGGGGGCUACUGAUGACAACAGGGGAAGGACGGGGAGGCUGGAAGCCAGGGCUCCUGGGUUCUAUCCUUGCCUUUGGGAG